AGCGAGCUCACUGGAGCAAAGCUGCGUGUACGUAUGAGAGAGCGAUCGCGAUCAGAGCCGUCACACACACACACACACUCUCACACACAGAGGUCUGGCAAGCAAGCGAUCGACCCACGUACACAAAACUUUAUCGACUUCUCCAGAUACAUUUAAAAAGGGCAUUGAUUUGAAAGGAGCCAAGCAGACAGGAAGCCUCCUGUACGCCUGCAGUUCACAUUCCGUGGCCCCGGAGGCUGUACAGAAAGAACCAGGCUUCACAUUUUUGCUUCGCACUGCUUGCUAACGUCCAAACUCCAAGUCCAGCUAAUCUCACCGUUUUGGAGCGUGGACCGACCCUAAAGACACAAACUGUAGCCAACGGCUCUGGAAACACACCAACAAGCCACUUUAUGCUUCUUCUUCACAAGCUGUUUUGAAUUCUCCCGGAACUCCCAAUUCCAGGACUUGUCUGCGAUGGUAACACACAGUAAAUUUGACGGGAUGAGCCGUCCUGUGGAUGCGCCGACCCAAAGAUUAUCCUAUCGACUGAAAACCUUCUCUUCCAAAAGCGAGUACAACCUCAUCGUGAACACCGUUCGGAAACUUAAAGAGAGCGGAUUCUACUGGAGUACAAUGAAUGGAGGCGAGGCAAACAUCCUGUUGAACUCGGAGUCGGUCGGGACGUUCCUCAUCAGAGACAGCUCGGACAACAAGCAUUUCUUUACCCUGAGCGUUAAGACAGAAUCGGGCACCAAAAACUUGAGGAUACAGUGUGAGAACUGCUCCUUUUUCCUACAAACGGACCCUAAAAGCACGCAGGCAGUCCCGAAGUUUGAUUGCGUGUUAAAACUGAUUCACCACUAUAUGCCUUCAAAGUCCACAGACUCGGGGAAUGUGAAGAGGGUCUAUUUCAUUUACUCAGGGGGUGAUAAGAUUCCGCUGAUACUCUCUCGACCUCUAUCGUCCAGCGUGUCGACUCUACAACACCUAUGUAGAAAAACUGUAAAUGGACACGUCGAGGUAUCCGGUAAAGUCCAAGAACUGCCAAUGCCUGUAAGACAGUUCCUACAGGACUACGAUGCUCCUGUAUAAUCCUAAACUUGCCACAUGAACUCUCACACAACCCUCUGGCCUUCUCGGCUGGAGAUCUUAAGCUUGAAGAAACAGGAAAUAUUUGCACUCUUUUUUUAUUUAUAAUAAAUUUCAAUAAUUUAUAAUAAAAUGCACUAUUUUUAAUGACAA